GAAACUUCCUGGUGGUAAAAUUUAUCACAAAGGCUGCCUGAAGGCGCGUCUACCAAAGAAAGUACAACUUGUACCAUGGUAAGCUGAUCAAAGCAUCUUCAGUAAAGUAAUCAGUGAAGUCAUUUAGUGGUAUCUUUGGCUGGAAUGAAACAUGCAGACUUUCUGCCUCCAGAGCACAUUGUUGUCCAACCUGCUCUAUAAACACUUUUCACCUUGAAAUGAUGUUGCACUUGCAACAGUCAGAUAUGCUUUAUAUGGGGUAUUCAUAUUGUUUGCUAGUGGUGGAAAAAGGACUAAGAUCUUUUAAAAUAAAAGUAACAAUACCACAAAGAAAAAUAUUGCAUUACAAGUAAUAGUCCUGCAUUCAAAGUCUUACCUAAGUAAAAAUUAAACAAAUAUUGGUGGCAAAAUGUACCGAAAGUAACAUAAGUAAAAGUACUUGUUAUGUAAACAUCAUUAGAAUAAUAUCACCAGUUCUCUGACAUGUAGAUGUAAGCAGCAUUUAUUGUUGUCUUUAAUGUUGUCAAGCUGGAGCUGAUUUUAACACAUUUUACUUUUGAGUAAUUCAGGCUAUAACAGCAGUGGCUACAGAACAAUAUUUCUUUGUGAAAUGCAGUGGAGUAGAAGUUUAAAGUAGCAUAAAAUGGACAGUCAAACAAAGUACAAGUACCUCAAAACUGUACUUGAGUAGAGAAUGGUAAAUGUAUUAGGUGACAUCCCAUCACUGUUAUUUACACUGUAAAUGUAAAUGUAAGCUAUGAUCACAGCUUUUCCAUUACAGACCUUUAAAUGAAAGGAGUACUCCACCAAUUUUACAUGUGUUACACAUAAAUCCAGUACCUGUUAUGAUGAAUACUACUUAAUAUGUAAAAAAAAAAAAAAAAAAAAAAAAAAAAAAACUUGUUUAAGACAAUACAUUUAUAAUAAAAAUCCUGCAUCACAAACUGGGGAAAGGCUUUUUAAAGACAUGAAGAUUUCCCAGGCUGAUAAAGUCUAAUGAAAGAUGUUAAAGAGUUGUAUUAUGGGAAAUGUAGGAUAAAUCAUCCCUGGAACUUGAUCCAUACUAUGGAUUUUGAAAAAAAUCAGGGGUCAGCCUCUGCUGUAUCAAUUUUGUCCUGUAAGUUAAUGGAAACACAAUACUAAAUAGCUGGAGUAUUCCUUUAAUCUUAUGUGGGUUGUAAAUCAGACAUGAUCAAUAACCUAAUUUGCAUUAGCACACCCAUCUUUAUCAUUUAUACACAGCGUCUUCACCCAAUUGAGAUUAAUGGAUUGAAUUAGGUUUUUUUUUGGUUGUGAUAUAUCAUGUAUGAGUUUGAAUGCUGACCAUAUAUGUCUGUGGAUUGUAAAUUCAAAAAGCAUGUAAGGGAAUGGCAAGCUAUUUUUCAAGAUAUUCAUUUUAAUACUUAAGAGACAGGGACAAGAAAAAAAAAAAAAUCAGUGUACCAAAUGUACCAAACCUAAACACUGGUAAUUUGUGUAGUGAACGGGCGAGGCGCUGUGCCUGCCUCAUCUGCUGUGUAGCCUGAGCUCCGCACAGACAGUGAGAGACAGCCAUGGAAAGGUGGAGAGCGGACUGUUUUCUUUGUUAUUUUUAAAGUCUUGCAGUUCGCAACUAUGACACUGUUCGCCGUGACUUGUGCCGGUCCAAAUGCCCGAUGCACUCGAAAGCAGCAAGAAGAUUUUCACCGGAGUUUUUUUGCAGUGGCAUAAGUAGAAGUCUGGAUCUAAUAAUUGUGCAGUGUGGGCUCUACGGGGACGUGGUUUAUGGAUGCUGGGACUAUGAGCAUAAGCGACAAAAGGGGCUACUUAGCAGACCUGGGAGGCAGCUUCACUGAGGAUGCUCCCAGACCUCCAGUCCCAGGAGAAGAAGGCGAGCUGGUGUGCAGUGAUGGACGGCAAAGCAGCAACCUUGGCUUCUCUUCAAAGAGUGAGAGCCUCAAAUGUGAGGCGUCUGUGGCUACACCCAGGCGACCUGACUUGGACCUGGGUUAUGAGCCGGAGGGCAGUGCCUCUCCGACACCGCCCUACCUAAAGUGGGCCGAAUCGCUACACUCCCUCCUGGAUGACCAGGAUGGCAUCCAUCUGUUCAGGACGUUCCUCAAGCAGGAGGAGUGUGCAGACAUGUUGGACUUCUGGUUUGCGUGCAGUGGCUUCCGCAAACUUGAAGCCAACGAGGGUAACGAGGAGAAGAAGGUUAAACUUGCAAAAGCUAUCUAUAAGAAAUACAUCUUGGACAACAAUGGAAUUGUUUCCAGACAGAUCAAACCGGCUACCAAGUCCUUCAUCAAAGACUGUGUGAUGAAGCUUCACAUUGAUCCUGCAAUGUUUGACCAGGCUCAGACUGAGAUACAGACUAUGAUGGAGGAAAACAGCUACCCUUUAUUCCUUAAGUCUGACAUUUAUUUGGAAUAUACGCGGACAGGAGGAGAGAGCCCUAAGCUGUACAGUGAUCAGAGCUCUGGGAAUGGAAAAGGACUGUCGGGUUAUUUACCGACUUUAAAUGAAGAUGAGGAAUGGAGAUGUGACCAUGAGUCAGAGGAGCAGCCAGAGUGUGACCCCACACCGAGCAACCGGCUUACUCAGAAGCUGCUAAUGGAGACGGCACCACAGCGAGUUGCCAACAGUGCGAGAUUCCAGGACAGUCACGAGUACAGGCAUGCACCAUGUCGGGAGCCCAUCAACCCGUACUACGUCAACACCGGCUAUGCUAUGGCUCCCGCCACCAGCGCCAACGAUAGCGAGCAGCAGAGUAUGUCCAGCGACGCAGACACAAUUUCCCUCACCGACAGCAGUGUAGAUGGGGUACCACCCCACAGAUACCGCAGACAGCAUCGCCGGGAGAUGCACGAAAGUGCCAAAGCAAAUGGGCGAGUGCCACUACCUCAUAUACCACGCACAAACCGGAUUCCAAAGGACAUUCAUGUGGAGCCAGAGAGGUUUGCUGCAGAGCUGAUCAGCAGACUGGAGGGCGUGCUGAGGGAGAGGGAGGCUCAAGAGAAGCUAGAGGAGCGACUGAAGAGAGUCCGACUGGAAGAGGAUGGUGAUGAAGUCAUCAUGUCCACAGCUGCAUCAUUAGCUGGUCACAGGUUCCCCCCUGGUGCUUAUCCGCAGAAUUACAACUCCCGCUACGCUGACAUCACCUACAGUGGUAAUUUUCUGAGAGAUGCACACGAGGAGAACCCAGAGAGCAUCCUGGACGACCACGUCCAGCGGGUCAUGAGGACUCCCGGCUGCCAGUCGCCAGGGACGGGGCGCCAUUCUCCCAAGUCGCGCUCACCAGACAGUUUUCCAGGGGGCAAAGGGAUGGGAGUUGGAAUGCCACUGUCGUCAGGCCAGGGUAAACACCCAUCCAGGCAUGGUGUUAAGGGAGAGACCAGCCACCUGUACCACCACAAACAUGCGCAUCACAUCCACCACACAGGCGCUGGGAAGCCCAAAGAGCAGGUGGAGGCCGAGGCAGCCGUACGUGUGCACGGCAGCUUUCCCUGGGGCAUGGAGACGAGUCAUUAUGGAUCAAAGUCUCGCAGCUACGCCGAUGGCAUGGGAUCCAACCCCAUGGAGCAUACAGGGUACAGUAGCAAAGGUGGCACACAGUGUAAAAGAGUGUACAAGAAAGGUGAGGAUGUGCGGCCGUAUGACAUGCUGGGGCCGGGAGAAGAGAUGGAGAAAAAACAGAAGAUCCUUUUGUGGCUGAUGGAAGGACAGAAAGAAAUGGUUCAACAUAAGAGGAGCCCAUACGGGAGCACCGCUGGGUCCAAGAGGACUACGGGCCAUGAGGGAUCCCGUCUUAGCUCGGCGGAGAGGUCAGGCUCGGCGUACCCGUGCGUCAGCGCCCAACUGCGGAACAACGUGCAGCCGUCUCACCCUUUCAUCCAGGAUCCCACCAUGCCCCCCAACCCAGCUCCCAGCCCCCUCAUCCAACUGGAGGAGGUUUGCCGGCGGCUUGAAGAGGAGAAGAUUAAGUCAGGAACUUUACAGCCCAAGCAGAGGUAUGUGAUGGAGGUGAUCCAGAGGGGUCGCACCGCAGUCAGGCCUGCACUGUUCCCUCCGCUCAGCGUGGUGCCCGCCGUUUCUGACAGCGAGUUCUCCGAGCCCGAACACAAAGCCAGUAAAAAGCAGCCGUGUGAAAACACUGUGGUGGCGUAUUACUUCUGUGAGGAGCAGAUACCCUACAGGACGUCGGUCAAAGGGAGGGUCGUCACUCUGGGCCAGUUCAAAGAGCUGCUAACAAAGAAAGGAAAUUACAGGUAUUAUUUCAAGAAGGUAAGCGACGAGUUCGACUGCGGGGUGGUGUUCGAAGAGGUACGUGACGAUGAUGCCGUCUUGCCCAUCUUCGAGGAGAAGAUUAUUGGGAAAGUGGAAAAAAUUGAUUGAAGUGCACGUGGAAGAGGAAGAGGUUUAAAAGCCAGCGUGUGAAGGACAGAGGAGCGAUUGGAUGGUGAAGAGGAAGUGAUUUACGAUGAAGAACGGAGGAGCGGAGAAGAAGGUGAUAUAAGUAGAAGAGUUGAAGAGCAAAGCUGUGGUCACAGCGGACGACUUGUGACAUUAAUGCUGGGCAGCUCCACUGCAGCAACAAGAAAAAAAAAAAAAGACCUCAUUCACGUCUUUGGAGUGUAAAUUAGAAUUGUAAAGUUUACUAGAUAAAACGAAGAACAAAAGUGCUACUAAAGCUACAUAUUUUUGAUAUGAUGUAUCAGAGUGUCCUUUCUAAAGUAAUCGCACUUGUAAUUUUUAUAUGUAUUGGUACCAGAUGUGUACAGUUUGUGUUAAAAGAUAACAAAAUUUUGUAUCUAUUUAAGUAUUUAAUAUGCUAAUUUUCAAUCCAAUUGAAGCAGGAGUGUCGCCCCUGUUGAAGACGAUCAAAAUCCUUUAUAGGGCUGAUUUUUUUUUUCUCAUUUAUUGUAAGAGUUCUCUGGACUCUAAUAUUUAUGCUCUUCUAAGUGCUUUUAAUACUUCACUCACCAGUUCUUUAUUUGUGGCAUUCAGUCAGGCUGCACUUUCAUUCUAUUAUAAAUCACUGACUAUGUCUCAGUUUAGGCUGCAACAUGAUUUUCUGAAGCACCAAACACUGAGUGACCAGAAAAAUAUAAACGCCUGUACAGGGUAAUGCGAUCCAAUAUAACAGCACAGUGUCUUUGAUGCAUUUAUGGUCCUUUUUGAGGCUCAGACUUUGUGGUGCUUUUAUAAUGGAGUCAAAAAUACAACAUAUAAGUAACACUUAAGUAUAAUGCAAUCUAAUUCACCACCACAAUCUCAGCCUUAAAAAAUGACUAUAGGAAUCAAUUUCACUGUAAAUUGAUCAUCAUUAGUUUCACAGAGUUAUUAUUUAUUGCAAGGCUGUUUUAUCAGGUUGCAUUAUUGCAUGUUGCACAGGUAAUUUUAUUUUUCUGGUAAUUUGGUGUAUACUGCAUGUAAAUGUAGUUGAUGGCUGUGUUGAUGUGCAUUGUUUUUACCUAACCCAGCUGAAGUUAAAAGAAAACUGCCUUCGAAUAAGACAGUAAAUGUGAUGCUAUUGUAAAAAAAGAUAUUAUUGGAAAAGGUGAAUAUCUAUGCAAGUUGGUUUGUAAUUUGGUUGCCCUAAUCCAAAAUCUACAUUAGAUAUUGAUGUUAUCAAUUUGGCCCCCAUGGGCAAAUCACAUAUUGUGUGGAUUUUAAGUGAAAAGUAAAUACAACCUCUUCAGCAAAGACAUUAAAAAAUUAAUCAAAUGAAUCUUUCUUCGAAUGUUAAUGCACUGGUACUUUUUUCAUUUACUUCAAAAAUAUAAAAAAAUUAAACAGUAAUUUGGCUUGUGUAACAGUUUGGCCAGCUUUUUUACUGGAAAAAAACACUUUAACUCAUUAAAACUUUUUUUUAGAUUCUGUGGUAACACUCAGCAACCAUGGGCUCCUCUGAGCAACUGACUGAGGAUCUUAAAAUGAAGCUAACUGCUGCUACAAAGAAGGGCAGGGUAUAAAUGGAUAUCAAAGUGCUUCCAGUUUGAGACUUCCACUGUCUGACAUGUCAUUAAGGAAUAGCAGGCGAGGGAGAGUGUGGAAGUGAAGACAAGAUUUAGAAGACCAAGAAAAAUAUGACAUGGAACUGCUGGGCAGAAAGGCAAAGCAAAAGAGCUGCAGGAAGGUUUAGCUGACCCAGGAGUGGAGUGGUGGUUCCACUGUGCAGCAUUCACUGUAUAGACAGUCUUCAGAUAUAAAACCUUACCUGGAACCUUAUCACAAAAGUUAACAUCUGAAGAGCAAAGGGUUAGAGCCAUGCAGCAUUUGAAGAAAAGAACACCUUGUCAAAUGUUACGCAUGGAGGUGGAAAUAUUCUGUUUUGAGUUUGUAUGGCAGCUAGUGGCACAGUAAACAUUGUACCGACAGAGGGGAGAAUGGACUUGACGAAAUAUCAGCAAGUUCUGGAUGCAAAUGUCCUGCAGUCAGUCAAGAAAGUGAAAGUCUUACUUCUACAGCAUUUCAACAGUGAUCCAAAAGCAGACCUCAAAAUCCACUAUGCACGACUUCAAAAAGCAGCCGUCACAGUUCCCUGACCUGAACAUCACUGAAACACUGUGGGUGGAUCUUUAACAUGCUGUGUGUGUUAGACAGCUUAAAAGAUGUCUGAGAACUUUUACGUGAUCUGCAGGAAGAGUGGGUGAAAACUCUUUAAUCGAGAAUAGAGAGACUUAUAAAAAGCUUAGCUGUGAUAUCUGUUUAUUCAUUUACUUUAUAUUUUUUUAGGGUCGUGAAAUAAAAAGUAACAGUGCAUUAAUAUUUGAAGACUAAUUUUUAAUGUCUGUUUGCUGCAGGGAUUGUAUUUACUUCUACUCACUUUUCAUUUGCCCAAACUUAUGCAUACAACUGUAAGAGCAGUCAGGAUAUUAAAAUCCUGUUCAACUACAUGUCUGUUCAUUUAGGUGUUUGUUACAUGAGCACCUCUGUUGUUUCAUCAGGCUGAAAGUUCAUUUGGGUUGAGGUCAGCAGGGAUUCAGAAUCCUGGUUGUGGAUGAGUAAUUUGACCUUCUUUACGGGAGUUAUUUGUAAGUUUUGCUAUUGCCACAUGGCUAACAUUAGCAUUAACAGCUGUUUAUUUACCAGUCUAGAGGAAACAUUGCGAGUUCAGCAUCAAACUUCAUUCCUUUACUCACCAACAGCUGUUUCCAGUGGUGGAGAGCAACACCAAUGUUAACUCUUGUCUCUAUGAUGACUUUGCUUCUACUGAAGUUAGCAUGCUAACCAGCUAGCCAAGGCCCGUCUCGUCACUUUCCGAUAGCGACUCACUGUAGCCUCCAAUCUGCCCUGAAGACGUAGUUCUGCUCGGGGGGCAGUUAUAACCUUGUGUCUUGUAAACGCAAUUAUGACUGAGUCUCUUUUCAAGCUACAAUCACCACCACCCGCUCCCGACAAGAAAACCCAUUCAGCAGCAGAGACAACUUACAAAUAGCCCUUUUUAAAAUAGUCAGUGCCAGUGCAAAUUUGGAAAACAAUAACUCUUUGAGUUAUUCAAUUUUCUUUUAAUUUUUCCCAGUUAAACAUCAAAUGACUAAAUGUUCAGUCUCUCAAUUUAAGUGCCGCAUUCAGCUUUAGAGGUUACUACUGCUCGUGAAAGAAAAGCUCAAGGUCAUGCUUUUGUAACACAGAAGGCCUUGAAUGAGAAGGCCAGUGAAAGUAUUCAGAAUACUGUCAUGUUUGUGCAAUGAAGAUCACAUAAAGGCAUAUUUGAACACUGGAAGUGUAGAGGAGAGUUCAGGCAUAGAUUUCUCUGAAGUUCUGCAUUUUAUCCAUGGGAGCUGGUGAGAGCCAACAGACACUGACAUGUUGCACUUAUGUUUACAUCCACUAUUUUUCCAGCUUCAUGAUCCAUACACAUUGUUUUCUGCUAUUCCAAAAGACUUACCAUCUUAAACCUUUAAUCACUGCUUAGUUGAUGGAUCAGUUAGGAAAAGGCUGCGCUAAGAACUGGUUUCUAAUCUGUAGCCUUCUCUAGCUUAUCACAGCUACAUCUCGUGCCUGGCAGGAAUUAAUUGUUUAGUGCAAAUGAUCUACUUUUGAUAGAUCACGUUACACCAAAGAGAAAAAAAGUAGAUGGUAGGUACAGCUUUGAGUUACCCUUUCACACUGAUAUUCCUCUUCAUUAUGUGGUAUACUUAUUAUAUUUUCUUUUUAUGUUAAAUCAUCGAAGCUCUUGCAUGAAAGCCAGAUUUUUCUUUUGUUGUUGUUGCAAUGGACAAGGUGUGUGUGACUGCAGUUUUUUUUAAUGCUUUUGGAUAUGAACAUCAAUUUUGAAAACAUCAUUCAGAUGAAACACUUCAUGGAGCUCACAAGACAUUCACAUCUUGUUAUUAUUGCAAGACUGAAUGUCAGCCAAUUUAUAUUCGCUGUCUCCUCCAUUUGACAAUAUAAAUAACACUUUUGCAAUGGAAUAGCACACGAAAUUAAACUGAAAGCACUGGUACAGUGUUGCUGGGGGAGCGACAUAAUAUUAAGAUUCAAGGCCACCUUUUUUUGUCUCUGUACCUCAUCAUUGUGCCAGAGUCCAUAGUGAGGAAUGUGGCAUAAUAAAAGCCUUUUUGUUAUGGAAUAAUAGGCAGAAAAAUGAGUGGACCUUCAAUCCAGAGUGCUGUAUUGUAUGUAUUGUUGCAUAGAAAACCAGUGUAAGGAAUAUCUUUUAUAUAUAUAUAUUUGUUUGUUUUGUCUUUUUUUUUUUGUUGAGAUGCUGUUGUUGAGAUUCCUUUAACUUAAAUCAGUUUAAUAUAUUUAGUGCAUUUUUCUUUGUUCCUGUCUGUUGAAUUAUACAUUUUUGAGUACAUGAUCAAGUUAAAUACUUAUCUUGAUUUUCAUUGUUUAUUUCUUUUGAAAUAUAGAGUGUCAAAUCUGUUAUGAUUUUUACUGUGAAAGCCCCAAAAGCGAACUUCCCUUAUUUAAGAUCAUUGAAAUGUAUAUAAAACAUCAGAGUGCCUUUAUUGCUAUGCUAAUGAUGUCUGCAGUUUGACAGAUGUGGAGACAUAAAUGCCAGGGACUAGCUUUAUAUUGUUUGUUUAGACUUCUUUUUUAUCAUUAUUAUUAUUUUGCAAAGUUGUUCCCGUUCAACGAUUGUCACUUUAUUCCACCUUUUCUAUGUAAAUAUGUACAAUUGAAAUUGUCGUCAACCAGCAUCCCAGUCAGCACAUUCAGUACCCUGGACCUGUUUCUGUUCAUUAACUAGCAUGGUUACCGUUUAAAGGUACCUGGACAAUAAAUACAUGCAAUAAACCA